AUGUCUCUGUCUGCUGCUCCUGUUAUUCCACAGUACUCUGUCUCCGACUACAUGAAAUUUGCCCUAGCCGGCGCCAUCGGGUGCGGGUCCACUCAUUCCAGUAUGGUUCCCAUCGAUGUUGUUAAGACCAGAAUUCAACUGGAACCUACCGUGUACAACAAGGGUAUGGUUGGCUCUUUCAAGCAAAUCAUCGCUGGUGAAGGUGCUGGUGCGUUGUUGACUGGGUUUGGCCCCACGUUGCUGGGCUACUCCAUCCAAGGUGCCUUCAAGUUCGGUGGUUACGAAGUGUUCAAGAAGUUCUUCAUUGACACGUUGGGCUAUGAUACUGCCUCUCACUACAAGAACUCCGUUUACAUGGGGUCCGCUGCCAUGGCCGAAUUCUUGGCAGACAUUGCUUUAUGUCCUCUAGAAGCUACUAGAAUUAGAUUGGUCUCCCAACCUCAGUUCGCCAACGGACUGGUCGGAGGGUUUUCCAGAAUUUUGAAAGAGGAAGGUGUCGGUUCUUUUUACAGUGGGUUCACUCCGAUCUUAUUCAAGCAAAUUCCUUACAACAUCGCUAAAUUCUUGGUCUUUGAACGUGCCUCUGAAUUCUACUACGGGUUUGCCGGUCCAAAGGAAAAACUAUCCUCCACUUCUACUACUUUGUUGAAUUUGCUUUCUGGUUUGACUGCUGGGUUGGCCGCUGCUAUUGUCUCCCAACCAGCAGACACUUUAUUGUCCAAGGUCAACAAGGCUAAGAAGGCACCUGGCCAAUCCACCGUUGGAUUGUUGGCGCAAUUGGCCAAACAAUUAGGGUUCUUUGGCUCCUUUGCUGGGUUGCCUACUCGUUUGGUCAUGGUCGGUACUUUAACUUCCUUGCAAUUCGGUAUUUAUGGUUCUUUGAAGAGUACUUUGGGCUGUCCACCAACCAUUGAAAUUGGCGGUGGUGGUCAUUAA